CUUCCCAUCUUGCCUUCCCGCCAACUGUCUUGCUUUGAUCCAGAUGCCUUCCCCAAUUGCCUUGGUUUCCCGUCCCCAUACUCUCUGCCUCGAGCCUCUCCGUCUUCUUCCGAAGCUCAUUCUUUCAAGGUGUAGUUCAGUUUGCAUAACUGAAAGCAACUGGAAAGACUCUUGGAGCCCUUUGCCAUCGCAUUUCCUGGAUCCUGGAGGACGUAGCUAUGUUAAACGUUCUCUGGGAAUGACGUAAAGGGAACGCAAUGGCAGGUGUGGGUGGUAUGGAACAGGCAAGAGAAUGUUGCGUGAAACUGCCGCAGAGAAUCUAGGGACUGACUGGAAUGUGAGAAGGAAAGUGUCAUUACUUAGUUUACCAGAAGGGGGCAUGUUUGUGUCAAUAACCAGAUGCUCCCAAGUUCAGCAGCUGAGAAUUCCAAAGGGUUGAGAGACACCAUGUCUUCAUAUAUUUUGUUUCAGCCUGCUUCCCAUUCCUUCCAGGUCAAAUCCAUCUCCACCAUGCCGCUCUCAGGAACCCCGGCCCCGAACAAGAGGAGGAAAUCCAGCAAGCUGAUCAUGGAACUCACUGGAGGUGGACGGGAAAGCUCGGGCCUGAACCUGGGUAAGAAGAUCAGUGUCCCAAGGGAUGUGAUGUUGGAGGAGUUGUCGUUACUUACCAACCGAGGCUCCAAGAUGUUCAAGCUGCGGCAGAUGCGGGUGGAGAAAUUUAUUUAUGAGAACCACCCUGAUGUUUUCUCCGACAGCUCUAUGGAUCACUUCCAGAAGUUCCUUCCGACAGUGGGAGGACAGCUGGAGACAGCGGGCCAGGGGUUCUCCUACGGCAAGGGCAGCAGUGGAGGAGGCCAGGCUGGGGGCAGUGGCUCUGCUGGACAAUAUGGCUCUGACCACCACCAUCAUCAGGGCUCUGGCUUUGGAGCUGGGGGUGCAGGUGGUCCUGGGGUCCAGGCUGGCAGAGGAGGAGCUCCUGGCAUAGUAGGGACUGGAGAGCCAGGAACAGGUGACCAGGCAGGUGGAGAAGGAAAACAUAUCACUGUGUUCAAGACUUAUAUUUCCCCAUGGGAUCGGGCCAUGGGGGUUGACCCUCAACAAAAAGUGGAACUUGGCAUUGACCUACUGGCAUAUGGGGCCAAAGCUGAACUCCCCAAAUAUAAGUCAUUCAACAGGACAGCAAUGCCCUAUGGUGGAUAUGAGAAGGCCUCCAAACGCAUGACCUUCCAGAUGCCCAAGUUUGACCUGGGGCCUCUGCUGAAUGAACCCCUGGUCCUCUACAACCAGAACCUCUCCAACAGGCCUUCUUUCAAUCGAACACCUAUUCCCUGGUUGAGCUCUGGGGAACCUGUAGACUACAGCGUGGAUAUUGGUAUCCCUUUGGAUGGAGAGACAGAGGAGCUGUGAAGUGUUUCCUCCUCUAAUUCAUAUUAUUUCUCCUCUUUGGUUCCAGUUUGAGAGGGAAUGCUGGACAGGAUUUCCCAACUGUUGUUACUCCAGUGUCCUUGUGGCAAUAGAGGGUGAAGGGUGGGAGUCAUUGCCUUUCCACUCCAAAGCAUCCCUCCUCGCCAACUCAGAGUUCCAUCAUGUUGUUCCAUAUGGAAUCUGCUCUUUUAUGGAAUUUUCUCUGCCACUGGUAACAGUCAAUAAACUUCAAGGAAAUGAA